AUGAACGCCCCGAAAGAACCCAAGGUCAAGACUCCUACCAUUGAAGCCUAUGACGGUACUACUGACCCAGAUAUGCACCUAGUUGCUUACCGUCACCACAUGUUCAUGGCACACAAGGAAGAAAGGAAAAUGAGCAUGCAUUUAGGACGCAUUCAACAGGGGAAAGGUGAAUCAUUAAGAAGUUAUGUGAAACGUUUCAACCUAGAGGUCGGGCAGAUCCCAGACCUACCCGAUGACGUCUCUUUUGAUAAUUUUAUCAGGGGACUGAAGAAAGGAUCCUUCAAGUUUGACUUAGUCAAGAAGAGUGUGCGGACUAUGGCCGAAGUUCUAGAUGAGGCUGAAGCAUUCAUUCACGCAACGGAAAUAUGCAGCGCAUCCAAGGAUGGAAAGACAGGUGAAGCAACAGACUCCUCAGGAAAGAAGGAUAAGAUGGACCGAAAGGCUCCACGGGUAAAUGGCACUUGGGCUCUGUCAAAAGAGCAUGAUACUAACUCUCCUGGGCACAAGAGAGAGCGUCCGCAAGAAAGAGAAUAUUUCGAGUAUAACGCAGAUCUCCUCACAAUACUAAAAGACGUUGGGACCCGGUUUGAUCUUGAACGACCUUUUCCUAUGAAGUCACCUGCUGAGAGUCGAGACCCUAAGCUGUAUUGCCAAUUCCACGAGGAUAUAGGGCAUGACACCAAGAACUGUAGAAGCUUAAAGAGAGCCCUAGACGGCCUCGCCUCCAAAGGACACCUCAAAAAUUACUUACAGAGAAAUGCUCACGGCUCGGGAAAGAGCCAAUACAAGAAGAACAAGUCACCUGUCUCACCUACAGAGGGAAACCACAUCGAAGGAGGAUUUGUAGCCGUCAUUUCUGGGGGGCCAGCGGCUGGAGGACCCACUAUGAGGGGACAGAAAGACUAUGCCUGCCGCCUAGGACAAGUUAUGCUGUCGGGAAAGUCACCUAUAGACCCGUUCCCUCGGAUUGAGAUAUGUGAGUCGGAUAGUGAACGAGUAGCCACCCCACAUGAUGAUCCUCUGGUGGUCGAAAUCAAAAUCUCCAAUAUGAGAGUCAAGCGUAUCUUGAUAGAUACAGGGAGUUCGCCCGACAUAAUGAGCAUGGAGUGCCUCAGCCGUCUAGCUCACGAUCCAAAGACCAUUGAAAGCAUACACUAUCCCUUCAUCGGUUUUGGAGGAAGCAUAAUACAUCCUGUGGGCGUCAUCAACUUGCCGGUUCGGAUCGGGGAUCGAAAAGAUGGACGAAAGAUGGGAGUAAACUUCUUAAUUGUCAAGGACUUGACAUCAUACAAUGUCAUCUUGGGACGUCCCACCCUGAACAAGAUUAAAGCAGUAGUUGUCACCUAUCUCAUGCUCCAGAAGUUUGUAUGUGAUGGUGGGGCAAUAGGAACUAUACAUGGAGACCAACAGCAAGCAAGAGACUGCUACCUCACAACCCUCAACCCGUCAGCAUGGAAGAAAGAUUUGGCCGAAGCGAGGACCAAGAGAAAACUUGAGGAGGAACUACCUGUCGCCAAUGAGAAUAUACCAGCCAAGAUAGAGAAAAGUGGCUAA